CUCCCUCUCUGUCUCUCCUCUUCUUCUUCGUCUCCUAUCACAUACUUGCAUUCAAGUCUGUGCACAAAACAAUCUCCCAACACUUUUCUGUACUCAUAAAGCUCAGUUGAUAAAUGGGGGAGUGAAAGAUAUAAAGGCACACAUAGAGACAGAGAAAGAGGGAGAUACAUAGAGGAUACAUGGAAAAGGACUCUGCGAUAGAUAGAGCUACAGGAAUAAACAGAUAAAGGAAGAGAGACAGACAGGGAUAGGCAGAAACAAAGACAAAGAAUGACAGACGGAGAUGGAAGAAAGGAGGGCGAGUGAGGCGGGAGGCAGCCUGGUGGAUCCAUAAUUUCAGACUGAUAUGAUGUUGAUUUUAUUUUUGUUGUUGGUGUGCGUGUGUCUUGUGACUUUGAGGUGACUUAGUCCAUUUAUCACCAGACUAUCAAGGAGCCUCUUGUGUGUCAGUGAUAUAUGAGCUGCUCUCUUUGUUUGUUUGUUUUUGUUUUUUUGUUUGUUUGUUUUGAAACCUUCUGGCCACAUGCUCAUUUGUCUGAAGAAUAUCUGUUUGUUUGUUUGUUUGUUUGUGUCUGGUCUGUGUUUGUGCUGGUGUGACCAGAGUCACUACCGAAACUGUGCUGGAGAAGAAGAAGAGAGGGGUAGAGGCGGGCUGUGUUAAGCCCCGCCUCUCCUCAUCCCGCACGUAUAAAUAGGAGGCGAACAGAGCCUAUUCUCACUCCACACUUGCACUGAAGAAUGAGAUCCUUAAAGCACCUGAAACCUCACAGCAGGAGGAGCGUGGAGGAGGCGAGCCGGCGCCUGGGUAGAUGUGAGCCCAAGGUAAUGGCCAGGCUGGUGGACAUAGGCACACAGACAGAUCCAGUAGUUGUGCUGUCCUUGGCCCAGGCUGCCGUGCUAGGUCUCAUCUCCCAGAAUGAAGUGUUCGGAGCUACCAUUGCACCUAAUGGCUUCUACACAGGCGAACCCAAAGAGUCCCCCGCACCACCAGUAGACGGAGUCGACUACGAGUACGCAGACCAGCUUAUCGGAGCCAACGGAGAUUACCUAGGAGACAACUUGGGAGAAGACGGUCAGAUGCAACCCAGCUGCAGUCAGAGGAGGUGGCAGCAGGGCCCCCCUCAGCAUCCAGAUGCGAAAAUGGUUGUCCCCGAUCGUCACAGUCUUCAAGGCGGUGACGUGUCCUCGUCCCAUGUGAAAGGCGAAGGGGUAAACUCUGGAAUGUCCUCCUGUGUCCACAUGCUUAACAAUUUGGCACCCAGAGGUGGUUUGGUACAAGUGGAUCCAGCUACCCUCAGAGGCAACAACAAGAACUGUGCAGAGUGUGAACGGGAAGCGUCCAACCAGCAGCAAGCCAACACACACGUUCACCCUCCUCCCCCCCAGGUGGGCCACAGAGGAGGGGAGCAGGGUCACAGAGGACUGCAGGGCCAACGCCCUAUGGGCGGUCAUGGUCGAGGUGGCAGAGAGGAUGAAGAAGAUGUAGAACACCAGGGGAGCAACAUGAUGAAGCCCACACAGCAGGAGGAAGCUAUCAGCAGCUACUUCCAGACCAGUGAAGUGGGCAGCUAUGAUUCGGCAGAAAUGGGCAUGGGGGGUGAGUACGAAGACGGCAGCCAGAACAUGAUGUGGACAGAUGGGAGUGGAGGAGGGCAGCACCAACAGCCUCCACAUCCCCAGCCUCCUCGUCGGCAUGGCGGCCGCAGAGUAGACCGGCUAGAUAUCAACAUCCAGAUUGAUGAAUCUUACUGUGUAGACGUGGGAGAUGGUCUUAAGCGCUGGAAGUGCCGCAUGUGCGAUAAAUCAUACACCUCCAAGUACAACCUGGUCACACACAUCCUGGGCCACAACGGCAUCAAACCGCACGCUUGUCCACAUUGCGGUAAGCUCUUCAAGCAGCCCAGUCAUCUUCAAACUCACCUGCUGACCCAUCAAGGUACGCGACCCCACAAAUGCACCGUCUGCAAGAAGGGCUUCACACAGACCAGCCACCUGAAGCGACACAUGCUCCAACACACUGACGUCAAACCCUACAGCUGCCGCUUCUGCCGCCGCGGCUUCGCCUAUCCCAGCGAGCUGCGAGCGCACGAGGUGAAGCACGAGCGCGGACGCUGCCACGUCUGCUCGCAGUGCGGCAUGGAGUUCCCCACCUACGCCCACCUCAAACGCCACCAAACCAGCCACCAGGGCCCCCACACCUUCCAGUGCACCGAGUGCAACAAGUCGUUUGCCUACCGUAGCCAGCUCCAGAACCACCUCCUGAAGCACCAGAGUCCGAGGCCUUACACCUGCUCCCAGUGCGGCCUCGAGUUUGUGCAGCUCCACCACCUACGUCAACACUCGCUCACUCAUAAGGGGAUGAAAGGCCACAAGUGUGAUGUGUGUUCCCGGGAGUUCACCCUGUCGGCCAACCUGAAGAGGCACAUGCUCAUCCACAACAGCGUCAGACCCUUCCAGUGUCACGUCUGCUUCAAGAGCUUCAUCCAGAAACAGACCCUCAAGACCCACAUGAUCGUCCACCUGCCUGUGAAGCCAUUCAAAUGCAAGGUAUGUGGCAAGUCUUUCAACAGAAUGUACAACCUGCUGGGUCACAUGCAUCUCCAUGCCGGCAGCAAGCCCUUCAAGUGUCCUUACUGCACCAGUAAGUUCAACCUGAAGGGAAACCUCAGCCGGCACAUGAAGGUCAAGCAUGGCAUGGACGUCUCACCAGAGGGACAAGAAGUUCUUCCAGAAAUUGAAAGCCAGGGGGAGUAUGAAGGACAGAACUUCAGCUUUACAUCGCCAGACAAUAUGGACAAUGGUAGCUCCCAAAACCUCACUAAACUCACCACAGCAAACAUGGAGGACAUGGAGGAGUAUUACAAUUUUGCAAAGGAUACAAGCAGCUACACUACACCAUGAAUAGUGAUGGACCAGAGAACAUGUUUGUUUUGUUUUUGUUUGCUUUUUUGAAAGCAGAAGGAAAUUACAAAGUUGUUGUCAAGGCUUUGGGGAACACUGGGGAGGGGGUUUUCAUUUAGUUUUGGCCUCCUUCCAGAAGAGCCAGAACUGCCGGACUCUGAUGAGAGGCCGUGAAGGAGAUGCACUUCAAAGGAGGCAUUUCAGCUCUGUUGCUGAUCGCAGAGACACUGAACCUGUUCACGCGGUCUGGAGCUCCUUUUUUGGGAUUACUGCGCUUACAGACUCAAAAGACUCUCACUGGCGGACAGUUAAAUCUGUAUGUUGUGUGUAUGUAUCAGUUAUUUGAAGAAAAAAAAAAAGAAAGAAAAACGUUGCAGUUGCAGAGCCAUCAGUUACAUUUGAUGUGAUAGAGAUUUGUUUACCAUUUUGCCAUUUUUGUCAUUCACAACCAAUGUAUGCCGUUAUAUUUUUGACUGAAAGUGCCAGCUAGAUACACUUGCAACCAAGCUUCCACCAUGUCAGCUAUUUACUCACUGUAUAUUGAACUUUUGAUACAUAGUCACAACAUAUUCAUAGGUUUGAAUGCUCUUACUAAACAGAUCCUAAUUGUAGUUACCUGUUCCUGCCCAGUCCUCAGUUUAAACAGCCCGGUUGUUCAGUUCUUUGGUGCUUAUUGGCACAGGACAUUGUAGCCAAUGUUGACAGGGCACUUACUAUCAAAGUUGCUACUGUUCCCAUGCCGGCUGAUACCAGAAAACAAUGUUACCGACAUGUUAAUUGUACAAACAAUUCUUCAACAUGCAGUGUGUUUACCCACAGUUUUUCGUUAUACAUGGUUUAGCUUUACAUUAAUAAUCUAUCCCGUGUAGUGAAUAUACUGCUCUAGUUUUUGAAUUAUUGAGUGAACAAUACAAAAGCACUUUUUCAUUGAGACCUGUCAUUUUUCUGUGAAGACUGUCAGUAACAGUAAGAGUGAACUCGUUUGCCUCAAGGAGAAAAGCAGGGGGGGGAAUAAGACCAUAGGAUCUUCCAAACCCCCAUAACGGCAAUAUUAUUAAAUACAAACUGAUAUACUGACAUACUGCUUUGUCAGUAGGUUUUUUUAAUUUUUUUUUUUUAAUUGCAGUUUUCUUGAUAUGGAUAUUUCACAGUUGCCAGUUCAAAUGUGAAUUGAAGAUGUGCAGUUUGUACGGAGAAUCAACAGUUUGUUUUUGUUUGUUUUUUGUUGUUGUUUGUAGUUUCAGCACUCCAAGGCUGUUUUCACUUCACUUUCAAUUCAGUUCAUUUCAUUCAGAAAGAUAUUUCUCACCUCAAUGGAAAAAAAGGACUGAAAAUGAAAAAAAAAUUCAAUCUGUAGAUUUAAAAAAAAGAAAGAAAAGAAAUUGUUUGGAGGUCCUGGUUACUAUUUGAAUGGUUGAAUUGUAAGUGGACUGACCCUAGUCCUGCUAUUCAUUAUUCUGUUUUGGGGAAGACAGUCAGCUCCCCCUGUCCUGCCAUGCAGGUCAGUCAUGAUAUGCACACUAAACCAGAGGAAUGGUCUUCUAGUUCUUUUUUGAAAUGAGGAAUAUCAAACUGAGGCCUCAUGGAAAUUGACCAUGAAUUAUUUAAUAAAGGUUCUCUAGUUUAAAUGAUGGAGACUGGUGUUUUAAUCUGUCACUGUUUCAGAGGUUAAUCCUCACCGUCUGAUAUUUUUAGCCAUGCUGGGAUGGCAGUGUCAUUCUCUCACUUCUAUAUAACUAUCUCAUGUUGACUGCAGGAUGGACCUGCAAAUCUAAUGACAUUCCUAUCAGCCUCAGCUCUACUUCACUUUAUUUUAUUUUUUUUUAAGUGUGCUAAGAUGCUAAACUACAGUAAUCUAAUCUAUCGAUUACUAUGGUAAUCAUAAUAAAUGUACUUGCUUAACAUCAGCAUGUUAGCAUUUUCAUUAUGCAUGUUAGCAUGCUGACAUUUAGCUCAAAGCACCACUGUACUUAAGUACAACCUCACACAGCUGCCAGCCCGGCUCUAGACUUAGUUUUUACUCUGGCUCUAGGGAUGGCAGUAUCUGCCGGUCCACCACUUUGGUCCAGACUUAAAUAUCUCAGCAACUAUCAGGCGGAUUGUCUAAAAAGAAACAUUGCCCUCAGGAUGAAUUGUAAUAACCUUGGCGAUCCCCUGACUUUUUAUCUCGAGCCAUCACUGGGGGGAAAAGGGACAAUUUUUCUAUACCAUGCCAUACAAGGAGUACCUGCACACUGGAACCACAGCCCCUUUUUCAUUUUAUUAGCUCAAUCUCAACCAACUACAGGAAAACCCACAGGAAGAAAAGUAGGGAAUAUAGCAAACAUAUAAUCAUUUAUCAUCACAUGAAUGGUAUCCCUCAUUUCCAUCCUGUGGGUAUUUGAGAACUGUAUGUUGGUCGACACUUUUGCAAAUAAAAAGGGAACUUUAGGUAAAGUUA